AUGUCCAACAACUUAGACUUUUUGCGCGAGGACUGGCAGGUAAAGAGUAUUACGGUCCACAAAGGCCAUCCCAACUCAACCGCAGUACACUUUGAGAUCGGCUCCUUUUCGCCCUGUGAGCGUGUGACCUCUGGCUCCAUCGAGGUCGGCAAAUGGGUCUGCGCUACAGCGCCUUUUGCUGCGAUCCUCGGCAUCCGACUCUUCACGAACCACGGCCGCAGCCUUCUUGCUCAGGCGCGGUACAGCAUGCCAUCGGGCGAGGGCAAGGUCAAGAAGGACGGCUUCUAA